UAGAUAUAGAAUCUAUAGAUCUAGAAUCUAGUAGGCCUAGGCUUCUUUUUGUUUUGGAUGGUAAAGCCUCAGAAAAUUGCAUUUAUUUCAUUGUAAGAUCUCUAGAUCUAAAUCUUGAUCUAGUUCUUCACUAUUACGAGAUUAGGCUAGGGCCCUACGUGGUAGAUCUAGAUUCUAUUUAUCUAGAUCUAGACCUAGUGUGAACACUUCCUCCUUUAUAGGCAAAGCGCACCUUCGAUAAAAUUAUGUCCGCACCUCAUGCAGCUCUUGGUGGAGCAACACAAGAGCGUCAGAACAGAAAAUUGUUGGAGCACAUUCAGGAACAGAAAAAAAGAUUUCAGCAUGGACAUCAUGCUGGUCCUGGAAGCGCUGCAGGUUCAAUGACCCCAUCUCCAGCCCCUCUGCUUAAUAAUCCACCAUCUGCCAUUCCAGGGCUGUCAGCAGCAGAGUAUGCCACCAUCAGCAAUCCACAGCAAAGAGCAGCUUUGCAGCAUGCUCAUGUGAGCUCUGUGGGUUACUUCAUCACUCAAGACUCCGCCUUUGGCAAUCUCAUCCUGCCUGUGUUACCCAGAGUGACUGAUGGAAAGAUGGAGACGAAAUAACGGAUGAAAGUAUUAUUUUUGUUUAAAUUAAUAUGUGAGAAGAUGGAAGCCUGUGUGUGGUUUAGUGGAAUAAGUUUGUUGUAUCAAAAAUGUGUUGGAGGAGCUUGACAUUUGUAGUUGUCUGUCAGUACUUCAUGGAUUUAACGUUUUAGUGACAUUUCCUCUGUUAUCUUGUAAUAAAAUGCUGUUAUUAACUCGAA